AUGGAAGAUGAUAAUGCCCUACCUGAGGAGGAAAAAGCCGCUGUAAGGUCCGGUAUUAUGCCAGUGGCUCGUGCAUAUAUUAAGCUCCUCGGUAGUUGGCUGGCCAUUUGGGGUCUGGGCUAUUACAAAUUUAGUCCUUGUUGGGUGCUAUUAGGGACCGUCGGUUACUUGGCUUAUUCCCGUGCACAGGAAAGACGCAGUCUUAUCAGAGGAGCAAUGAAGGCAAUUAGCUCGGAUGAGAAGUCAUAUAUACUUAAUAAUAUUGGUACUUGCGGGCUACCGUCCUGGGUGUUUUUUCCGGAUAUUGAGCGAGCUGAAUGGCUUAACAAAAUUAUCCAACGGAUGUGGCCCUACAUAAGUGAAUACGUAAACCAGAUCUUAAUUGAGACAGUUCAACCAGCCGUAAAUAAAAACCUCCCCACAUCCUUACGACCUUUUAUCUUUCUUCGCACUGACCUCGGUGAUUCGCCUCCUCGAAUUGGUGGUGUCAAGGUUUACACCGAAGAAAGUAUUCGUCGCGAUGAAAUCGUCAUGGAUGUUGACUUAAUGUUUUAUAGUGAUGCUCGAAUUAAAGUUGCUGUAGGAAAAUUAGUUGCUGGUGUUAAGGAUUUUGAGCUAAGAGGAACUCUGCGCAUCUUUAUUAAACCACUGGUUCCUAAGAUUCCCUUCGCCGGAGCUGUGACAGCUUGCUUUUUGGAUAACCCAUACAUCAACUUCUUCUUAACGCAUCUCGGGAGCAUUUUAACGAUGCCUGGACUUCAACAGACACUGUACCGCACAAUCCAGGAUGUUGUUGGCUCUCUCUGUGUACUGCCCAAUCGGGUUUUAGUCCCCUUGGUUGAUGACCUCGUUCUUCAACAACUUAAGUUCCCCUCUGCUCAGGGCGCUGUCCGCAUCGAAGUCAUUUCCGCCAGUGACCUUGUGGCCUCUGACGUGAACAUUGUGGGAAAGUCUUCCGACCCCUACUGCGUCGUUCGAGUUGGCGCGGAAAAGUUCGUCACCAGUGUGAAGCUUAAAACGCUGAACCCGACAUGGAAUGAAUGCUUUGUCGCGAUCGUUGAUCAGCGAAUAGGCCAGUCUGUGGUGAUCGAGGUUUGGGAUGAAGAUAAAAGCAGCAAAGACGAUGAAUUGGGUCUUACAUCAAUCCCGAUUGAGCAAGUUUACUUGUGUGGCCAAUUAAAUUUGGUUAAGAUGCUAGAAGGCGUCCAACGGGGCAAAGUGCACGUCAAACUGACUUGGUUGGACCUGUCCACUAAUCCAUCUGAUUUCGCAGUGGCUGAACUGGAUCAGCAAGUGUCCUUCUCAAGCAAAACCAACUUCACCAGCUGCCUCUUCGUUCGGGUUGAACAGGCCAAAAACCUGAUGCGUUUGAAGUUUUUCCAGGAGCCGUCUCCCUACUGUGUCUUGCAAAUAGGCAACAUGGUGCAGAACACGGCGGUGCGCGAGAAGACGCAAAAUCCCGUGUGGGACUCCCUCCACCACUUCCUCCUCUCCAACCCCGAGAUCCAGACCCUCAACAUCGAGGUAGGUCGCCCACCUCGAAGUGCACACGUGGCGGUUUUUCGUGCGGAACCUCAAACGAAGCGAAAUAUUCACCGCACCCAAAAUCCCCUCUCCUCUGGUCGUCGUCGUCGACGCACCAGCGGGUUGCGCCUUGCGCCACCUCCUCCAGCAUCCACCGAUGAUUUCGCGAUUCGGGAUAGCCGAUCGGAGGUUGUCUUGGGCACGCUCGCGGUUCCCUUGAAGCACCUGAAGGCGGAAAAGGAUAUGACCGUAACCCAGCCUUAUUCUCUCCACGCUGCCGGUCAAGACAACGCCUUCCUCUACCUCCAUCUCGAACUCCGGGCGCUGCUGCCUGGGCCUGACCGGCGUCCUCCAGCGGCCAGAGGGUCGGUGGACUCGGCCAGUCACUCCCGAAGUCCUUCGCCCGCAGCCACAGGACCCGAAGUUGCGUCGCUGGCGUCUGAGGCGGCGGUGGCGACCGCUGACAGCGCCUCCGGCUCUGACAGCGUUGUUCGCCGACGCACCGGCGACUCGAAAGUCUCCACACUUUCGGGCUUUGGCAGCGGUGAAGGCAUCCCGCCGCUGGUGAUGCCCCCCGACCCCGCCGGCCGUGUGCGCCUCACCAUCCACUACGACGUCGAUGUGGAGAUUCUUGAGGUUAGAGUGGACAGCGCCGAGAACCUGCUGGCUUCUGAAAAAUCCACUUCUUCGAACCCGUACGCAAAGUUGUGCGUCACUGAUGCCUGCGGUCGAACAGUAGGCGACACGAAAAAAACAAGGUUUAUAAAGGAUGAACUCAAUCCUCACUUUGAUGAGAGCUUCGAGUUUUCGGUGAAAUCGGAAGUCAUGCAGGGCUGUAAGCUUCAAGUCGAAAUAAAGAACCACAGUGGCCUCUUCAAGCGAAGCUCUCCGAAUCGAGUGAUGGGGUCGGUCACCGUUGUCCUGAGCGAGCUGGCAAACGGCGGUGGAUUUACUGAAUGGCAAGGGAGAAUUUCUAUAGUCUUGUUGGCCGCACCGUUCGCUUGCUCACGCCUGGUAGUUCUUAAAACGUUUGUCUACCGAAUCUGCGACAUCGUCGUGCGAAGAGCCAAAUCGCGUCCUAAGCAUUCCAUGGCCCCAGUACGGGCCGCUCUCAAGGACUUCAUUGCCCUCUGA